UGAUAGUUCACCUGAUCUAUGUUUCAAGCUGUUCUGCCCAGAUCACCCUCAGCUCAGGAAGCAGAGAACAAUGUCAGACAACUUACCAGCUAAAGUCUCCAAAUCAUUAUUCACUAAAGAAGAAGAAGAAGAAGUAGCGAUGUGGGAAUUUCUGCCUCCCGAAAUCCUACCCAAUAUUCUCCUACGCCUACCUACAAAAUCCAUUGUAAAGUUCACCUCUGUCUGCAAAACAUGGAGAUCCCUCAUUCGAAACCCUGACUUCAUUUCUGCUCAUCUUAAGCUUUCCGACCACAACCAACCCCUCCUCCUCUUCAGGUUCUGCUCUGACGGCCGCCUGAAACAGCCCUACCUAGAUUACCUAGUUAGGGACACCGAUGAAAAAGAAGUCUACAAAUUGUAUUGUGACAACCAAGAUUUCAAUGAACAUGCCAGGUUUGACUUCCCUUUUCAUACUCUCGGCCGUACACCAAUAUUUAGGGUGGUUGGUACUUGUAAUGGCCUUGUCUGUGUUGAGGAUGAUGGUUUAUUGGGCAGAAUUAUUCUCUGGAACCCUUGUGUUAGAAUGUUUGUGGAACUUCCUACACCCAGUAUCACCUAUCAGGGCUAUCACGAGGAAGAUGGGUAUGGGUAUGAUGCGGCUAUUGGGCUUGGAUUUGAUUCCAAAACUAAUGACUAUAAGGUGGUGAGGGUUGUGACAGUUGUGGAUGUGUGGAGGUGUGUUGACUGGGGUGUGUCUUCACCAAAGGUUGAGGUUUACUCACUUGCCACAGGUGAAUGGAGUAUGGUUACAACUGCUUUGCCUGGUGCUGUACAUCCUUGUGACCCUAUGCCUUUUGUUAAUGGCGCUCUGCAUUGGGUUGCUUUGAGGAGAACUAAUUACAAUAAACAUCGCAAUUUUAUUACAGUGCUCGAUUUGGGGGACAUGGUUUUCCGUGAGAUAGCACUGCCUAUACUUUCGGAUGAAAAAGAUUAUGGAAAUGAGUCUCACAUUCAUCCCUUAAUUUCAGCAUAUGGGAAUUCCCUUGCCCUGAUUCACGGGGGUCGUGGUCUCAAUUUGAAUGUAUGGCUGAUGAAAAGGUAUGCAGAUGCAUCUUCAUGGACCAAAAUUGUGAUUUUUCCUCAUUUAGGUCCGUUGGAUCAAGCUAUCAAUGACAUAGAAGAUGUGGGUUACGGGUUCAAACCCGGGUUCAAACCCAGUGCCAAAGGUUUUAGGAAGAAUGGUGAGGUUUUAGUGGAAUUGUAUGAACAACCAUUCGUCUCACAAGACCUCGAGACACAUGAGUGUAAAGAUCUUCCGAUUUCUGCAUAUAACUAUACUUUCGUUGGUUCUUAUGUUAAGAGUCUAGUUUUGCUCGACAAACCCAACCGUGCAGCAACUUAUUAAGGAAAAUGAAAGAGGAACAACAACAGUUUUUGAGGAGGUUCAAUGCUGCAAAUGUAGUCGCAGUUUCAAACCCUUUUCACGUGCCAAAAGGAACAGCACCGUAUUCAAAUCCUUUGGGUUGAGUCCAGCUGGAUGAAUGAUUGCUGCCACUGUUCAAACUAAACCUUUAUGAAUCUUCCUUUUGUGAAGCUGGUUGAUUUUUUUAAUUUUUUUUUCUUAUGCCUUGCUUUUGUUUUGCCUAGGAACUGGGUUUCGAUAAUCGUCCAUGUAAAUCUCAUGAAAAUUUUAGAGAUUGUAACAUUUAUCUUUAUAUAAAACUUCAUUUUGAGUAAUACUGGAGAUGGAAACAA